AUGUUGACCGAUUCAGCCCAGACCGUGAUCGCUGUGGUGUUUUCUGUGCUAAUAAUCACAGAUAUCGUGGGGAACACUCUGGUUUGUUUUGUUAUGAUUAAAAACCAAGAAAUGAGGACACCUAUAAACUAUUUGCUGGUCAAUUUGGCUUUUGCUGAUAUCAUGGUAGCGCUGUUUAUAGCGCCACAGUUUGUUCUGAUCCACACUUUCCAGCAUCCUGACGGAGUUGUAGGAUCAUUCCUGUGUAAAUUCUUGACCGGGGGAAACUUGAUGUGGACAGGAGCAACUGCAUCUGCGUUUAGUCUGGUCGCUAUUGCAUUUGAGCGUUACUUCGCUGUAAUGCCCCCUUACAAUAACACAAGGAAACUAACACAUGGAAAACUUAAGGUUAUAAUCCCUGUUCUUUGGAUUUCUGUUUUGAUUUUAAACACACCUCUCUUUUUGACGUCCUACUUCGAUAAAGAAAACGAAUUUUGUACGGAGCACUGGCCCGAGGAAUGGAUGCCCAAGGCUUUUAGUGUAGCUUGGUUUGUGCUGCUUGGAGCUCUGCCGAUGUUGAUCAUGAUAGGCCUGUACUCUAAGGUUGUCUAUUCUCUGUGGAUCAAAGGUGAAGAGCGUGUUAGUGGAACUCAACAGGGUGUCAUGAGAGUGCGUAAGCACGUCACAAAAAUGGUCGUUGCAGUUAGCAUCAUUUACGGACUCUGUUGGACUCCAGACCUCGUCAUCUAUGCCAUGAUACACUUCGGCUCCAAGCAUAGCCUUGGUGACGCAGCUGAUGUCAUUUCCAUUGUUUUAGUGGUGUGUAACUCAACGGUUAAUCCAUUUAUUUACGCCUAUGUGAAUAGUCGUUUCAGGAAGCAUAUUAAGGCUCUGUUGAGUUGCCAUGGUAGUGGUGCUGACAGAAACAGAGUUCAUGCCAUGGGAAGAGGCAAUGAUACCUCGAGAACAAAUUCAGGGAUUAAUGCUUCGACCAUCCAGGGAGAUAUUCAGUCUUUGAGCCGACACACAGUUACUCUUAAAACUAUCCGAGAUUCCGUGGAACCGGGAGAUUCGGAAUAA